AUGAGCCUAAGACCUGCUGUGUUGGGCAGGUGCUGUGAGCCAGGGAGCCGGGAGGCUGCCUUCACAUACGCCAUCAUCGCCGCUGGGGUGGCCCACGCCAUCACAGCAGCCUGUACCCAAGGCAAUCUGAGUGACUGUGGCUGCGACAAGGAGAAGCAAGGCCAGUACCACCGGGACGAGGGCUGGAAGUGGGGUGGCUGCUCUGCCGACAUCCGCUACGGCAUCGGCUUCGCCAAGGUCUUUGUGGAUGCCCGGGAGAUCAAGCAGAAUGCCCGGACUCUCAUGAACUUACACAAUAACGAGGCAGGCCGAAAGAUCCUGGAGGAAAACAUGAAGCUGGAGUGUAAGUGCCACGGCGUGUCCGGCUCGUGCACCACCAAGACAUGCUGGACGACGCUGCCGCAGUUCCGGGAGCUGGGCUAUGUGCUCAAGGACAAGUACAACGAGGCGGUCCAUGUGGAGCCCGUGCGUGCCAGCCGCAACAAGCGGCCCACCUUCCUGAAGAUCAAGAAGCCGCUGUCGUACCGCAAGCCCAUGGACACAGACCUGGUGUACAUCGAGAAGUCACCCAACUACUGUGAGGAGGACCCGGUGACGGGCAGCGUGGGCACGCAGGGCCGCGCCUGCAACAAGACAGCCCCGCAGGCCAGCGGCUGCGACCUCAUGUGCUGUGGCCGCGGCUACAACACCCACCAGUACGCCCGCGUGUGGCAGUGCAACUGCAAGUUCCACUGGUGCUGUUACGUCAAGUGCAACACCUGCAGCGAGCGCACCGAGGUGUACACGUGCAAGUGAGCCCGGGACUCAGCAGUGUCGCCCUUGGGGCUGGCUGGGCACCUCCAGCCGCAAGUCAGACCGCAGGGGGGACCGGACAGCUUCCCAGCUGCAGUCACCCCGGCGGGUCUCUUCUGGGAUCUCCGCGGGAGGAAUGCUGAGCUUGUCUUUUCUGCUGUGGGGACACCGCUCCCAGGUUUCCCGCAGGCACCAGGUGGAAAGAUCUCCCCAGAGCCCUGGACUUUUCUCUUCCAUACUCACUGCUGCUCCGCCCCACCCCACACUUCGACAGGGGAGGGGGUCCUCCUCGGCUGGAGCAGAGCCUUUUGCACCAGGAGCUCUGGACCCAGGGGCCUCAACAUAGCAAUAUUUAACAAUUUAUUCUGAUAAAAAAAUAAUAUUAAUUUAUUUAAUUAAAAAGAAUCCUUCCACCUCAUCGGGAUCCGUUUUCUGCAAUCAAAGUGGACCGCUUGCUUUCUUUGCGGGAUAAUUUUGUCGCUAGGA